AUCCCCUGCACAAGGUCAAGGUCAGCAGACAGCUAAUGAAGUGACAAUACGUCUUCUAGCUACAGCCAUGUUGAUGUUUAUGUUGAUUGAAUUCUGGAUGUUUUUUAUUUUAGUUGAGCCUGUUGAAGCUGAUGAUGGAUGUGUGGACUUCAACGCUGGUGUAUAUACCGGAAAUACCACUACCACGGAAACUGGCUUCCUGUUCUGCGUGUUGACCUUACCUUGUCAAGGGAUACCAGUGACAGAGGUCAAGGCCAUUGAAAUAUACAGGGCGUCUCAUGAGAUCCUCGCAAGCCUUGACGCGAAUCAAAGCAAAACGUUUGAAGCCACUGGGCUGAAGGUGCACACCCCUAUCGUCAGAAUAGGAAAUGAAGGCGUUUCCUAUAUGUCCGUAGAGUUUGGCUUGCAAGAGAUGAAACGCGACUACGACUUCCGCUGCGUUGUCCGGUUGGUUAGCUCCAAUGGCAGCCAUGUCUCACUCAACGUCAGCUCAACGCUGCAUGUGAUGAAGAGCUUCCACCAGCUCAAAUCUCUCCAGUCGUCUGUCACGGAUCUUCUGUUCCACGAGGAACCUCUAACAUUCCAACAGCACCGCUAUCACCUCGGACACAUGAGUAGCGUUAAAAGUGUGGAGGCCGCCAAUUUCUGCGCCAUCCUUGGCGGGUACCUGGCGGAAAUCAACAGCGCAGACGAGCUCGGGUCCAUUGAAAAGUAUUUAACGCCCUAUAACCUGACCCAACCCAUACUGGUCGGGGGCACCUACGCAGAGAAAGAGUCUAAGUGGAUUUUCCAGCGUGGCGGAAAAGCUGUAGAGAUCUUGAAAUGGCUCGAUGGGGAACCUCGAAAUGACGUCAUUGAAAAAUGUUUAAGUUUGAUAACUAUAAAGAACGAAGUGUUUAUGAAAGUUAUUUCCUGUGUUGAACGACGUCAUCGGCAAAAAUAUCUUUGUGAAGUUGAAUGAAGAAUUGAAAAAAAGGAAUUUGGCCAAAUAAAAGAAAAUUAUAACAAAUAAUAAAUAAAGCAAUACGCUAACAACAUUA